CCGCUCCCCUCUGGGCCUCCGUCCUCCGCCCGCGCCCGCCGGAGCCUGUUCGCGUCGACUGACCAGAGUCCGCGAAUUCCCCGCUCCGAGCCCUUCCGCAGCCCCCAACCCCAGCUUUCUGUCCUUUGGGAACACUAAGAAUAAUGUCUCUGCAUCAGUUUUUACUCGAGCCAAUCACCUGCCAUGCCUGGAACAGGGAUCGCACCCAGAUCGCCCUCAGCCCCAAUAACCACGAGGUGCACAUCUACCAGAAGAAUGGGGGCCAGUGGGUCAAGGCUCACGAACUCAAGGAGCACAACGGGCACAUCACAGGGAUUGACUGGGCUCCCAAGAGCGACCGCAUCGUCACCUGUGGGGCCGACCGCAACGCCUACGUGUGGAGUCAGAAGGAUGGCGUCUGGAAGCCGACCCUGGUGAUCCUGAGGAUUAACCGGGCGGCCACUUUUGUGAAGUGGUCUCCCCUAGAGAACAAAUUUGCCGUGGGAAGUGGAGCGCGACUCAUUUCUGUGUGUUACUUCGAGUCUGAAAAUGACUGGUGGGUAAGCAAACACAUUAAAAAGCCCAUACGCUCCACAGUCCUCAGCCUGGAUUGGCAUCCAAACAACGUUCUGCUGGCAGCGGGAUCAUGUGACUUCAAAUGCAGGGUAUUUUCUGCAUACAUCAAAGAAGUGGAUGAAAAGCCUGCCAGUACACCCUGGGGCAGCAAGAUGCCCUUUGGUCAGCUGAUGUCAGAGUUUGGUGGCAGUGGCACUGGUGGCUGGGUCCAUGGGGUCAGCUUCUCUGCCAGCGGAAGCCGCCUGGCCUGGGUCAGCCACGACAGCACCGUAUCCGUCGCGGACGCCUCCAAAAGCGUGCAGGUCUCCACUCUGAAAACCGAGUUCCUGCCACUCCUGAGUGUGUCGUUUGUCUCCGAGAACAGCGUUGUGGCAGCCGGCCAUGACUGCUGCCCAAUGCUCUUUAACUACGAUGACCGCGGCUGCCUGACCUUUGUCUCCAAGCUGGACAUCCCGAAGCAGAGCAUCCAGCGCAACAUGUCUGCCAUGGAACGCUUCCGCAACAUGGACAAGAGGGCCACGACCGAGGACCGCAACACGGCCCUGGAGACCCUGCACCAGAACAGCAUCACUCAAGUAUCUAUUUAUGAAGUGGACAAGCAGGACUGUCGCAAAUUUUGCACAACUGGCAUCGAUGGAGCCAUGACAAUUUGGGAUUUCAAGACCUUAGAGUCUUCCAUCCAGGGCCUCCGGAUAAUGUGAAGCUGCGUGAGCCGUCGCCGUCCAGCUGACAAGCCGUGGCUGCCCGCGACUGCCAUUUGCAUGCUGGUGAGGGCAGCCAGCCCGAGGAGCUGCCGCGUGUCUGCCUACAGUUAGUGUUGGGGAGAUAGCGCCUGUCUGACUACAGUCGGUCAAAGUGUUGGUUUGUGAAAAGCAGCAGUGAGGUUUUUUUCUUCUCUUUCUCUCUCUCUCUUUUUUUUUUUUUUUGCUAUUUCAUUCCAUUCUUGACCAAAGCUUCUUUAAGUAGUUUAUUAUGGAAAAUUGUCCACUAACUUAAAGGAAAGGGUGAGGGAAGUAUGUAAAUUGCCCACUAGAAAAGUAAAUUAAAAAAUCCUGAAUGUG